CAAAAAAAUGAGCGGAACCAUACGAAAUGUCUACUUUAUAAUGGAGGAAAUCGAGAUUUUCGACAUUUUUCAGCGAUUUUCAGUUUUUCUGAAACUUGAGCACUAUGAGAUGCUGAAAAUGGGCGAUUUUUUGAAAAAUGAACUCCCAAAUGGCCUAAAAUUUCCAGUUUUACUUGAAUCCACGUGGUUUGAAAAACCCGAAUUUGAGGUCGAAAUCCGUACAAAUGGGCACAUUUACGCCGGAAUUUUGGACAUAAAUGGGGCGGAGCCUGGCGAUAAGGGGGCGGAGCCUAAUCAAAACCUCUCAAUUUCCGGCACCGCAAAAGUGUAUAACAUCAACGACCCCACCGAUCAUAUUACCCUAAAAUGCACAAUUCUAAUCGAAGAUCCGGUUGCCGAGAGAGCCGAGAAACCGGAGGUGGUGGCACCGACGAGGGAUGAGCAGACGCAGACAGAGAGAGAAAAAUUAAGAAAAGUGGUGGAGAAGGGUGUUCAGACCGAUGACGUCACCACUUCUACCGUAUCCACAACUACCACAGAACCAUAUCUAGACAUUGAACAACUCCAGCCAAUACUUCUCACUUCAAUAUCCCAUCACCUAAAGCAACACCGCCCACACAAAUCUCUUUCACCGCCGCCGCCUCAAAAAAUUUCCACAGAAAUCCCGGCCAAACCAGCUCAAAAAUCGAUAAAAUCGCUAAACUCGUUCAAUUUAAUGCCAAGAAUCGGAAAACUACAACAAUUGGAUGCUCAAAUCGCUGAAAAACAGAAAUUUCUGGAAGCGCUGAAUUCGGAAAUUGAGCUCAAGAAAAAAAUGGUUAAAUUUUUGGAAAGACGCAUGGAAAUAGGCGAAAAAAUUGAUAAAGUCGAUAAAAUCGAUGAAAAACCAUCCGAAAAAGGAGAAAUCUCUUCAGAAUCCACGUCAUCAGAUUCUGAAUCUGAGUCUGAAAGUUCUACAGACUCAGAAACUACUACAACUACUACUACCACCACCACUGAGAAUUCCUCGGAAACUGUGAGAAAAAUCGAUACGCCACCGGAAGCCGAAAAUAAAGAGGAGAGCAUAAUCGAGCACCCAUUCUCUGCCCGUGAGCCCCCAGAGUCUCCGACAACGGCAUACAUGAACAAUUUACGGCAGAAAAUGUUGGAUCAAUAUCAGCAAAAAUAUACAUAAUCAACAUUUUAUUAGUAAUAAA